AUGGCCCAUACCCAAUACACCGGACUGAGGUAUGCAGGGCCGGAGGUGGCCAAGUCUCCCAUCCUCGUCUCUUCUCUGUUCAAAGCAUCCUCAGCAGUUACUGGCAGGCUUUUGCUCUCUUUACCGUCGCUCUUCGAAUCAGUUUUGGUGCAUCAGACCCCGAGGCCAGGCGCUGGUUAUGUUUCCACGACUGGGCCAGUUCUGAGGUGUGCUGAGUCUACCUCCUCUCAAGCCGUUUCGCGAUUCCUGUAUUCCCUAGCCGAUCUUGACUCGGGCAGUGUCCAGCGUAAAAUGACAAAUACAACGGAGUCCACAGAUGACUCACGACCACCUCUUUGUUGUUUAAUGGGGCGAAAAUUUACCUCAAACAUCUUGGCACAAGGCAUCGGAUGCAUUCUCUCAGCAAGAGACCUGCGGUUUUCAGCGGAUCCCGGAUACCGAGCCCAGUAUGAAGGCUUUUCAGUUUCCCCUCCAUCCUCUGUACCGUUCCCUUACAUUUGUGUAACUUCAAUGCUUCUAUCUGAGUUGUCAGCUCUCAAUCUGCCCAAUUUGGGUCCAUUGUCCACUAAAUCACCAUAUCACCUUGUCCUUUUAGCUGCACACUCCAUUUUCUGCUUUCUCUAUCCUCUUAGCCUCGAAUGUGCGUCUGUAAAUGCCCGAGACGGACUCGACAACCGCCUUGAUUCGGCCACUUCAUUGUAUGCGAUUCUUGCCUCUGCAGAUCUCGGAAUUACGGCUUGGGCCGGCUUUCGCGAUUGGCGGGGGAGACGGCAUCUGCUGACGCUGAGGUUAACAGCCAGACACAUUUUUCCCGAAAGCCUAUUCAGCCAUCCUUUUAAGUUGCCACGACCACAGCCUGACCCCGUUGACGUGGAAGAUGGGCUUUGUCUCCUGCGAGCCCGAAGGGAUUCGUGGCCCCGUCCCAGCCCAACGGCAAUACGAGAUAAAAUUGACUUUGGUUGCCCUGGUUACCACGGCCUGGAGUCAGGUGCUUUGGGCGUCGCCCUCCUCCCUCUGUAG